AUGCCAGUCAAUAACAUAUCACUCAACACGAGAGUCAAGCCGGCCUGGUCGGUCUUCACGUCUCCCGGCUCGUUCGAGCAACUGUACAACGAGAGGGCAUACCUCAACGCUUCUCUCAGGGGCCAGGGUGAGCGCUCAUUCGAGCUCAUGAGAAGGCUCACCGUCUUGCAUGAGCAGAUGGACAACUUCUUGCCAUCUGACGAGCGGCGAAGGUCUCGAAAGAAAGCCGCCUUGAUCAAGAGCAAGAUCACGGAAGCCGCCGCACAGGAGAAGGCGAUUUCCAUCCGACUCUGUGAUAUCAAUGCGGAGCUCAACAUCCGAGAGCGAUGGAUGCAGGUUCAACACGAAAUCUAUGAGCAAAGAUAUUGCUACUGGGCCAUGGAAUCACCCGUGACGGGUUACAUGGCAUCCCCAACGGACCUAGCCUCGGUCGUCUCCACGCCGCUCGAUGCCGCUUCGCCCGUCUUCUUCCCGGUGGGAUACUAUCCCAUUUACAGCCCAAUGCAAAUGAUGCCGUGUCGUGAGCCGGAGGCGUCGCCCCCUGAGAUGUGGGCCAGCAACGAGAUGAACGAGACACCGAUCGACGCACUGGGAAAUCACGGCCUGCAAUUCUGCUAUGACAACCCCCCGAGCCAUGUCCGAACGGCUGACGAGACAUCCCGCGAGCUCCCGGGGGUGGAUAUGGUGAACAAGAGGGGGCGGAGGAUGAGUCUGCCGCCACUGAGAUGUAUUUGGCCCGGACAACAAGAAGAUUGA